UGCGCAAUCCAGCCAACCAACCCAACAAAACAAAGCUAUCGUUGACCUGCUUGGACUACCGCUCACACAAAGAAAGUAAUCCCGCUUCGCGCUCAACCAUGGCUACGUCCUCCACUCGCGUUCAGGCUGGGGUGGUUCUGACCCUCCUCCUGUCAGCACUGGUCCCUCCACCUGCUUCUGCUCUCAGGCUGGGGAUGCGAGCUCAAGUUCUAGCGUCCAUCAGCGGACCUCUUGUGAUGUGUGGGACGGGCGAGACAGAGGGAACAGCCCAGCUGCAACUCGUGAGAAGGGGCAUGGCUGUCUUCCUCGCCUACAAGCUCAACACCCAUGCCUCCACUCGGCCCUCAUCCAAGCCCAAGCUCCUCACAGCCAACCCCUGCCCCUCCUCCUCCUCCUCCUCUGCCUCUUCCACUGCCACCACCGCCUCGCUCUCCCUCGACCCGUCUCUCUCUGCCAAUCUCGGCACCUCUCUCUCUACCAAUCUCCUCAACACCUCCGCCAACGCCGGCGCUGGUGCCUCGGCCACUCUGCUCAACACCUCGGCCACUGUCGGUGCUGGCCUGGGCACCUCUCUUGCCAACGGCACUGCUGCAGCAACAGGCGGGGUGUCUGCUUCUACCGGACUCAUGAACACCUCUGCCGGUGUUGGCGCUGGUGUGGGCGUCUCUCUCCCAACCGGGACUGUCGCUGGUGUGGGCUCUCUCUCUGCCUCCACUGGCCUGAUGAACACAUCUGCUGGUGUUGGCGCUGGCGUUGGUGUCUCUCUCCCAAACGGCACUGUGUCUGCAGGGGGAGAUAUCUCUGCUUCUACCGGCCUCAUGAACACCUCUGCUGGUGUUAGGACCAGCGUUGGCGUCUCUCUUCCCAACGGCACCGUUGCAGCAACAGGUGGCGUCUCUGCCUCUACCGGUCUCCUCAACACCUCGGCUGGUGUUGGCGCCACUGUUGGAGCCUCCCUCCCUAAUGGCACCGUUGCAGCAACAGGCGGUGUCUCUGCAUCCACUGGUCUCCUCAACACAUCUGCCGGCGUUGGAGCAGGGGUGGGCGUGUCUCUCCCCAACGGCACUCUCUCUGGCUCUGCCUCCCUCGGAGCCUCCUCCCCUCUCCUCAACACCUCAGCUGGUGUCGGCGCUGGGGUCAACGCAGGGUCGGGAGGCGUCCAGGCCAACCUCGGAGCAUCGGCGGGCCUUGGAGGCUCGGUCUCCGGCCUCAUUUCUGGCGUGGGCGGGGCUGUGGGCAACCUCGUAGGCUCGGUGGGGAACAUGGCAGGCUCGGUGGUAGGCUCGGUGGGCAACAUGGGAGCCUCUGUCUUCGUCUCUCUCUCCCCCAUUGCGGUGCUUAACGGUGGGUGGGUUGCCACCAGCGCUGGCGCAUAUGCCCUGGUGGGCCAGACUCGGGUGUCUGCAGCUGUGGCAUCGGCCAUGGUGGCCCGCAUUUCCACCAACAUGCCUCUCUUCCUGCAAGUACAGGUGGGCACGCAGCAGAGACUUGUGGCGAAGAUGGAGUAGGGAGGGCAGCAGCAGGAGGGGCCAGAGAGGCGAGGGGAGGUUGGCAGGUUGACUGGGAUCAACUGGCAGGUUGGUGAGGUGACGAGGGUUUUGUGAUAUUGAGCUCUGCAAGUGAGAUUCGAGGAAAGUGAGUGGUGUAGCAGUGGUUGCGGCUAUACGGAAAAGUGUUGGGUCGCAGACGUGAAGAAUGGUCCAUGGUGGUGCUGAGAUACCACUCGGUAGAGGGGUCAGCUGAAGGGGUCAGCUGAAGGGUGAGCUGAGGGGUGGUAGGAGAGAGCGAGUGUGGGAGUGGGGACAGUGAGAGACAGGCUGGUGGGAGGAAAGGGAAUGCGAUGGGAUGGGGGGUAAUGGGAGGGAAGGCAGCAGAGAGAAUGCCGGAGCGGGGCACAUGAAGCUGCAAUGGCAGAUGGCAGAUGGUACGUGAUGGACAAAGCUGCAGGGCACCGAUAACUCCCUUUCACCACUUAAGCAGUGGCUAGGCACCACACGCUGUUGAUGCUGACUCCAGAGCUCGAAUGGAGCAUCCUUUUUCUAGUCGAUGCUUGGGCUGUGAAACCGAGUGCUCUUGUGCCCUGUACCCCGUUCCAUUGUGAAUAAAACCUCCCUGUUUGC